AUGUCUUUAAAUACAUCCACAAAUCAUGUCAAUUAUUUAAUGGAGAAUUAUACAAUCAUUGAGAAGAUUGGAGAAGGUACAUUUGGAGUUGUUUUGAAAGCAAAGAGAAAGGCGGAUGGUAAAGUUGUGGCCUUAAAGAAAAUUCGGAUUCGGAAACAGGAAUAUGAGGAUUUUCCAAAGAAUGUUAUUAGGGAGGCGAAAAGUUUGCAACAUGUUAAUCACAAUAAUGUGUUGCGGUUGUAUGAAGUGUUUGUGAACGGCUCUUCUCUCGUUUUAUCAUUGGAAUAUAUGAAAACUGAUUUAGCUAAGAUAAUCAAAUCACAGAAAACCCCUUUUCAAGAGUCACACAUUAAAUGUAUCAUGUUAAUGUUGCUAAAAGGUUUAAAUAAUUGUCACACAAAUAAUAUUAUGCAUAGAGAUAUUAAACCAGCUAACCUAUUGUUCAACUCUUAUGGAGAGCUCAAACUGGGAGAUUUUGGAUUAGCAACAUUGUAUCUUGGGAACGAUCAAUCCUAUUCUCACCAAGUAGCAACACGGUGGUACAGAGCUCCAGAAUUAUUAUACGGUAGUAGAUCUUACAAUUAUAAAGUAGACAUUUGGGCAGCAGGUUGUGUCAUGGCAGAGUUAUAUAAUUUAUCUCCGCUUUUUACAGGAGAGAAUGAUAUUGAUCAAUUGUACAAGGUGUUGACAUUACUUGGCGUGCCAUCUGAAACCAAUUGGCCAGGAGUUUCGAAAUUGCCAGACUUUGGAAAAAUUACAUUUUCCAAGGUAAAGGUUAGAGAUCUAAGGGAGCUGGUUCCCAAUGCGUCUGAGAUUGCUAUUGAUCUCAUGUCACAUCUUCUUCAAUUUGAUAUAAGUAAGCGAUAUAGCGCUCAAGAAGCUCUCAGACAUCCUUAUUUUUUCUCCGUUCCACUGCCCUCCGACCAUUCUGAGCUUAAUAUUAUUUAA